AUGGACUCUGAAGACCUAGGACGCGUCUCCCCAGACGUACCAUCGACCAAUCCCUCUGAUGUCAAUGCCGAUGUCGCAAACCCCGAUUCGAAUCUGCGACCUCCUCCUCUUUCCCGCUCUUCGACCUUUGGAUCCAAGAAAUGCUGGAUAUGUAUGAGCGACACCACAGAAGACGAUCCACACAAUCCUCCAGUCUGGCGUUCACCCUGUCAGUGCAGUCUUACCGCGCACGAAGCUUGCCUCUUGGACUGGGUAGCAGAUCUCGAAAAUCCCAAGAACGGCAAACGGAAAGCUUCGGGUCAGAUUCUGUGCCCACAAUGCAAGUCUGAAAUCAAGAUAUCAAGACCGAAGAGUUAUAUCGUGGACACAUACCGCUCUCUGGAUCGCGCUUUGGGCAAAUUGGUAUUCCCAGGCCUUGGUUUGUCCGUUCUGACUUCUUUCUGGGCCGGAGCUUGGGCCCAUGGGUUUUACUCUGUUUAUCUCGUCUUCGGUGAGGAAGAUGCUGCACGUAUCUUCGAAAUGACUCUCCGUCAUCCCGCAUGGAAUUUGGCGUACGGGCUGAUUCCUAUCAACCUGAUCUUCUCCCGUACCAACUACAGCGACUUUGUACUACCCACCGGCUCUUUACUGCUGCUUGCCACGCAGACCAGCGACGAAUUCAAGAUUGACAUGACCAUCUGGCCGCCGCUCCCCUCUACGGUCUUUGCAUGCUUGCCUAGCAUACGAUCGGCGUACAACUGGUGCUACCAUAAGGCGUUUUGCGACCUCAACAAGAAGUGGUUGGAGGAAAUACAACCUAGCCAUGCGCAGCAAGAGGAUGGCAACGCAGAAAAUGACGAGGCUAAUCAGAACUUAGUGGAAGAAGUUGAGGAAGGGGGUGUUGUUCUGGAGUUGCAAGUGAACUUGAAUGCGGAACCGGAAGCUAUGGACGACGCCCCCGGUGAAGCCGGCGGCCAACAAAACGGACGAGCGCAGCCACAAAACGGUCAUGUCCACCAAAUCCUGGGAGAUCGGGGAGACCGACUGGUUGAAGGCACAUCCGGGAUCGGCCAGAUGGUUGUCGAGGCGUUGGCCUUUCCAGCUGUGGCGGCGGGGAUGGGCACUCUCCUAAGCUUCCUGUUACCAUCCUCAUGGCUUAGCGACUCCAACCAGAUGAACGGUCGACCAGGCCUCCUUAGGACGAAAUGGGGCAGAAGUGUUGUGGGAGGCGGCCUGUUUGUUGUGCUCAAAGACGCUCUUGUGUUGUACUGCAGAUGGAAGCUUGCAAAGAGCCAUCGACAGAGACGCAUCCUGAACUACGACAAGAAAUCGAAAAGAUACUCGCUUUGA